CCAACGUGCAAAAUAUUUGUUUACUGCGACCUAACCAAUAUUGGGUCAAUUUUCCAAUUUUACAGCGCACGAAAGCAAAACUAAGUCAAUAAAAAGCAAUUAUUUAUUGUUUUAAUGGUACCAUUCGUAUGAGUUUGUGGUUUAGACAGAGGACUGGACUUCAAAUCAGAUGAGCUUGAGAACGAUUCCUGACCUGGCAAAAGAACUUGCAUGGACGUGUGCAAAAACUCACAGCAAUAUGACAGCCCUUGAACGAUCUGUAGACUACGCAGAGUAUUUGGUGGAGAUGGGCCGCCAGAACCCCGCAGCUUUGAUCACCAGCACUGCAUCACAAACAUCCAAAGACAAAUCCAUCCAUCAAAAAUUGUUGGAUCUGUACAUCGAAGAAUCUAGCAAACAGCCUGAAGGCCAGGCCUUGCAGUGUAACACCCACCUCCUGAAGAAGCUGGUACGCAGGGAAAAGCUCUCCUGUCUCAUCCUGAACCUCUAUGCAGGCAACGAGGGGUACUCCCUGAUGCUGCGCAGUAAAACUGGAGUGGAAAUGGAAACAUGCAAACUGCCAUAUGAUGUAACAGAGCUUCUGGAGUACAUUGAUGAUUCUGAGCUGCCGCCAUUUCUUGUGGAUGUAUUAGAAAAAGCACAGGUGAACGUUUUCUACAGCGGCUGUGUGAUUGUUGAGAUCAGGGACUUUCGACGUUCCACAAACGGCACGUUUGACAUGCAGUAUGUGCUUCUGAAACCCAAUCCUCAGACCCUGCUCUGCGACAUCAACAACCUCACAAGUGACGGCCAUCUGUGGACCCAGGAGGACCUGUACCUGCUGGAGAGUCGGUUGCUACUGGCUACAGAGGAGCCCCUUUGCCUCGACCCCUCCCCCGCUGUCCUCCUGGUGGCCAACAAGCAACAGUAUGACCGCAACAAGAUGAACACGCCUUUGCUGAAAAGAUCAGUGAAAAAGUACAACCAGUCUGCAUUGAAUCGGAAGCGUAAGAUUGCCCAGUCUCCAGCCCCCCGGGAGUUGCAACUUCAUGACUUCAUCACCACCAGCAGACGGGACAAGAAGACAGCCUCACCCGGGGCCAAGUUGAGUAAAACUACUGUGGACUUUUGGAAACAGAAGCAAGUUCCUCUCUCCACCCCAGAAGUUAUAGACGUGGAGAAAUUUGCAAAGGUUAAAGAGAAACAGGAGAGGACAUUUAUGGAAGAAAACACUCUGAGUCUUCUAGAGGAGCAUGUCCUGGAGCGUGACGGCAUGCAGGACAAGAAGCUGCUGGCCAAACUGACCAUCCUCCACCGCCCCAGUGACGACGCUCACAUUGGGGAGCUCUACCUCGACCAUGACUACAGGGAGGACAAGUCUGUGGGGGCCACCUGCAGAUUUCUCCUUGGCAGCAAAGACUCUGUCAGAAAGUAUUUGGACCAGUUCAGAGAGAUCUUCACGGAGGAGGGUCGCCGUGAGGUGAAGAUAACGAUCCACCGGCCAGGACAGCGUACAAUAGUCACCUGUACCCAGACCCUGCCUACUGAGCUACCCUCGGCCAACGUGGGGGUCAACAUGGGCACAAAUAAAACUGUGACCUCCACACCACUGCAGGAGCUGGGCCCGGGCGCAUUGGGAGCCCAGAAGAGACAGAUGCCUAUCCAGCUACAGCUGAGUAUCCCGCCCCCUGGAGGCACCCCUACUCCACCCCUUGGGACAUCUAUCUCACAGCAGGGUACCCCCACCCAGUCACCAGCCCAGAUCCAGCUGACAUUGCCAACCAGUGUAAACCAGUCUCCUGUAGGCCUGUCUCCACGGUUACCUCACAUGGCCAACCAGUCACAGUCAGCGUCCCAGAGGCUCAAGCAGCUGGGACUACAGACUGGUUUUCAGACAAGUAUAGCGUCCCGGAGCAACACUCCUAUGGCCAGUCCUAUCAAUCCUCAGCCUCCUAUCGCCCAGCUGUUCACCAGCCCAACCUCCCAGGGGACUCAGCCCUUCCUGGCCCAGCCUUCCACCCCUGGGGGCUCCCUGCCUACGGGCUCCCGAACACCCACACACACCCCGACCCCACCCCCAUCCAUAGUGUCCAUGCCCGGCCAGCUAGCGAGGAAGCCCAGUCUGACCAAUGAGUCCUCCACUAUACACCAUAUGGCCCAGACCACGCACCAUGUGAAUAUAUCCUCGUAUGUGCAAGGAGAUUCUUCAGCCCAAGUGUCAUCAGCAAACAACAUCGUUCAUCAUCAUCAACAGCAACAACAACAGCAGCAGCAGCAGCAUGGGGGCAUGUUGAACAUCACGGGUAUCCCCCCAAACAUCAACAUACAGAACCUCACAGGGUUGCCUGGCAUGAACAUAGCCAACCUGCAAGGACUGCAGAACAUGCAGGUGUCCCUGUCAGUCCACGGGGGAGGCAGCAUCUCUGUCCCCAUCAGCAUGAUCAGCACCAACCCACAGGGCAUCCUGGUCACAUCUACUCAGGGUGGGGGAAAUGUUUCUGUGUCUGCUUCCCAGUGCCAGCCAGUGCAGACCAGUCUGGUUUCCAUGGUGACCCAGCACCCGACAUCGUCCCCCGCAACCACAUCCAUGACACCUAUCACACACGUAGUGUCAGGCAUACCAUACCAAACAGUGACUGUUUCCAUGGCAACCACUCCUACAGGUGUAAUUAGCCAGCAGAGCAAUGUUUUGCCGGGUACCGGUAUGCUGUCAAUGCCCAUCAACCUUGGUCCAGGACUGGUACCCCAGGGCCUCAAGUCUGCCGGGCAGAUCCGGGGCUCUACCCACCUACCCCUCCAACUUCAGUUGCAGUCUGGUAUCCAGUUUGUGAACCUGCCCCAACAGAGGGCCACACUGAAGCCUGGAACCAGUCUACAAGGAACCCUAGGGGUCAAGGCCACCACUGUAUCACAGGGACCUCUCACUACCACCCUGCUUUCUGCCCAGGGAAUGGGGCACACAGUGGGGGUUAAAGGGGCCGCACAAGGGGCCAUCAACACGACCUUGACCUCGCAGCAGAUCGUGUUCCAGCCACAGUUUCCUGCUCAACUACAGAAUAUCCAGAGACAAACACCAGGUCAGCAACAACAACAACAGCAGCAGCAGCAACAACAGCUGCAUUUUCACCAGAUUCUGAAGCAGCAGCCUGUGCAGACGACACUUACAUUCGGCGGAAAACCUAAAAACAAAAAACUAACUUCUCUGACGCCGCCAAAAUAGAGAUCACUCUAUAACAACAGUGACUGCUUUUUUAUGUGACAGUUGUGAAUAAUUUUAUCAAAUAUCUUUGAUAAAUAAAUCAUGAAUUAAAUAUGUUAAAGGUG